UGCAGGUUUUCAGAAAUCAUUUCGCAACUCGCUUUUGACUAAAAACAUUGUGGAAACGUGUACAAAUUACUGUUCGCGUCGUAAAAAAUAAAGGAUAUUACCAUGAAUCACAUUAAAGACGGACACAGCGUCCUUAUUAUUUGGAACGGAAACGACCAAAAUGAACUGAGCAAUUUGAUGAACGAAGUUAAAUCUCUUGCAAAAAUUGGAAAUGUUGUUCUGGAAAACUCUGAAAGGAUCACAGAAUCAUCACGACCACAGUCAUCGUUUGACAUAGUUUUAUCAAACUGGGUUCCACCACACAGCAUCAGCCACACAGACAGCUUGCUAGCAAUCAUUAUCAAAGUUCUCAGACCCAGCGGAAGACUGAUCUUGAAAGACCACAAUGAUCUUACCAGCACACUCAAGUUAAACGGAUUUAUCAACGUGAAUAAAGAUUCUGGAAAUGUUUUUGUAGCUGAAAAGACAAAGUUUGAGGUUGGUUCAAAAGCAUCUCUGAAGCUGGGCAGCAAGCCCGCAGUGUGGAAACUUGAUGACACAGUGGAAUCAGCAUGGAAUGGAGGCAUUGACGAUGACACCAUUGAUCCUGACCAGCUCUUAGAUGAAGACGAUCUGAAGAAACCAGACAAGCAAUCUCUCAGAGUAUGUGCUACAACUGGCAAAAGAAAAGCGUGCGCAGACUGCUCGUGUGGACUGGCAGAGGAGCUCCGAGGAGAGACGAAGGAGACGCCCAAGUCUUCUUGUGGAAGUUGUUACCUGGGCGACGCGUUCCGCUGUGCAACUUGCCCGUAUCUUGGCAUGCCCGCUUUCAAGCCCGGAGAGAAGGUAAUGCUCGACCUCAAGGCCGAUAUAUGAGCACAUUAUUAGCCCUAAUUAUUAUAAUAUACACUACUUACUUUUAGUAUUCCAUGUUGUGAUCGCUUCUACAAAUAAACUUUUUAAUUUU